ACCAUAUUUUCUUCCGGGGUUCUCCACAUGUCAUGUGUUUACCUCAAGUUUAUUUUUAUAUAUUCAACAUAACACUAGGUCAUGUCUGCAAGUUAUUCAGAUCACAACAAACCAGUGCAUUUCAAAGUCACGCUUGCGACACUGGGCAAGAUUGUUUGCAGUUUACCAAUAUUUGCAACUUGUUUCUGCGUGAUUUGGUCGGUGAUAUUCAACUUCGAAUCUUCCACAAAAACACACUGUAGGGUUCCAAACUUUUUACCAUCAAUAAGCGCUGCUAUAGGAGGCUUCACCCCACAGCGAUAUGUAUGGCGGGUGUGUAUUGCACUACACUGCUCACCGCGGUUCAUGGUGGCUGUUGCAUACUACAGCUACCACACGUCAAUUCACGUUGGACACAGAAAUGAGCUGUAUAAAACACUGGCAGCCUUGUGUACAUUUCUACACAUCUGUGAAAACUUGGCCUUGUUAGGAUUGACCUGCGUAUCAUCUACAGAGAACCAUGAUCUGCAUGAGAAGUUCUUCAUCUUGUUCAUGCUGUGCUCCCUGACCUACAUGUUGUUGACCACCUACGUCUUCGCUUGGGGUCGGUCAGCCAAUGGGAGAUCCAUCUUACAUACGGAAAUGAAAUCUCUGCGGCACAAGAGCUCGUUGUUCCUCUUCAACAUUUCCAUCUUCAUGUUUGCUGUGUAUCUCUUCUUCCGUCACAAUGCUUACUGUGAACCUGGAGCCUACUCUUGGUUUGCUCUGUGUGAAUACCUCAUCGUCAUCUCCAAUGUGUGCUUCCACAGCACCAUGAUCCUUGAUUUCAACACCUACUCCAUGGCUGUGGUCAACCUGGAACCACUGACAGCUCGCAGCUCAUAUCUGGAUGUGUGACUUCACUAUGGUGGUCCCUACACUUUGUGUGUGUGUGUGUCUGUUUGUCUGUCUGUCUGUUGGAAGAGGGAUGGAUGGGUUCAUGGGUGGCCAAGUGACCAAGUUACUGCUACUUUUCUGAAGAGUUGGAUUUCCUUUGAAGUGCCAGAAUCUGCUGAUUUGUCAGAUCUGAAUAGUGAUGUUGCAACUCCUAGCAGCUGCUGAGUGAUGUUAAUACUAGGUGGGUUCUGAACAAAGAUGGUGAGACUAGCUAGGCCUGGAGAAUGCUCACAAGACUAUUGGGAUAAGGAUUCAUCAUGCGGGUUCUUCUUCCAGAUCUAUGUAUAUUCCAUGUGUGAUAUUUGUUUGUAUGAAAGGAAUCAUUCUUAAAGUUUUACAUUGCAUGCAAGGUUCAGUCUGACACCAGUUUCAGUCUGACACAAGUUUCUGGCUGACACAAGCUUCAGAUUGACAGAAGUUUCAGGCCGACACAAGGGCAGCUGUUUUUGGCCUGUGUGUCCACAUCUGUGAUAUUGCGCAUCCCUAAGAGUCUCACGUUACAUGUCAGUGUUCAUGUUUUCUUUAAGCAGCAUGUUUCAGUGUUAGCUUGAUUUACAAAAUUUUAAAAUACAUUUGCAGCAAAUUUUAUCAGAAUGUGAUAAAGAUGAAUAGUUUUUCACAAAACCUGACCUUUAUAUACUUAAGGCUUUGUGAUUUUUUAUUUUGACCAUUUUCAUUGUAUCAAGUUUUCAUUUUAAGACAAUCCCUAUACUGCAAACUUCAAUAUGUAUCUGACUGUGCCACUCGUGAACAUAUCAACUUUGCCAGACCACGAGAUGAAAUAUACAUGUUAUUUGACAACAUUAACAAAAUAUUCUAUUUACUAUAUUUUGAUCAUUGUUUAUAAAUGAGCGGGACAUCGAGUAACUCUUUAAUCAGAAAGUAGUUCCAGGCAAAAGUGAAAUAACAUGUUUUUCUACACAGUGAAAAUACCAUUUUUAUUUUCACCAAUAUUUACAGUAUUUCACCCUUAAGAAUAUAAUAAAUGAACAUAUUACAUGCAUGUAAUAAAUGAGUUUAGUUUUACGCCGCACUCAGCAAUAUUCCAGCUAUACGGCGGUGGUCUGUAAAUAAUUGAGUCUGGACCAGA